AUGAUGUGGACAAUAGUUCUGCUGCUCCAUGGACUGCUCGUGCUUUUUUUCUUUGUUUCCACUCGUUCGAGAUGUAAGAAUGAACCACCUUUAGACAAAGGAUGGAUUCCCUGGCUGGGCCAUGCCAUCGAAUUUGCAAAGGAUGCUGCGAAGUUUUUGACUAGAAUGAAGAUGAAACAUGGUGAUAUUUUCACGGUACGUGUUGCUGGGCACUACGUGACUGUGCUGCUGGAUCCAAGCUCAUACGAUGCAGUUCUCCAGGACUCUGUCUCUCUCGACUUCAGCCGCUAUGCCCAGGUGCUGGUGCAGAGGAUCUUCUGCGUGCAACUGCCUAAUCAUGAUCCCGCAGCUCAGAGGGCCUGGAUGCAGCAACACUUCCAGGGCGAGGGUCUGGCUCGACUGAGCAACGUCAUGCAAAGGAAUGUCCUUUCUUUGCUUUCGUCUCCCGAAAUUCUCCAGAACCCGACAGACUGGAAGCGGGAUGGGCUCUUCGGCUUCUGCUACGGUCUGCUCUUCAGGGCUGGAUACCUCACACUGUUUGGCAAGGAGCACAACUGCAACAGCAGUGAAGUGACUGCUGUUUAUGAGGAGUUCCGCAAAUUUGAUGGCCUGCUGUCAAAAAUUGCACGUUCAACUCUGAAGAGGGAUGAGAAAAAGAUGGCCUGUGUGCUGCGUGAGCGGCUCUGGGACCUCCUGUCCCCAGCUCGGCGAUGUGGGACGGCUGAGCCGGGCUCCUGGCAGCAGAGCUACCGCCAGCACCUGCGAGACGAGGGGGCAGACGAAGAGACGCAGAGACGGGCCAUGCUGCUGCAGCUCUGGACCACACAGUGUAAUGCAGGGCCAGCUGCCUUCUGGUUCCUGGGAUUUUUGCUUACCAACCCAGAGGCCUUGAGAGCUGUAAAAGAAGAGAUUGACAGCCUCUCACUACAGGCAGGGUUUCAACAGCGCCUCCCCUUGGACCAGCUACAGCACACACCUGUGUUUGAUAGCACUCUCAAUGAGACGCUGCGACUCACUGCUGCCGUCACCCUCACAAGAGAGGUACUGCAGGACAAGACGCUGCGCAUGGCGGACGGACAGGAGUACCGCCUCAGACGCGGGGAUCGCGUGUGUCUCUUCCCCUACCUCAGCCCCCAGAUGGACCCUGAUGUCCACCAUGAGCCAGAGAAAUUCAAGUACGACAGGUUCCUGAACAUGGACGGGACAGAGAAGAAGGAUUUCUUCAGACACGGGAGGAGGCUGAAGUAUUACACCAUGCCAUGGGGCGCCGGGAAGAACAUCUGCGUAGGCAGACACUUCGCCGUCAGCAUAAUCAAACAGUUUGUAUUGACCGUACUGACUUCUAUGGACCUGGAGCUGUGUGACCCAAAUGCAACCAUGCCGCCCGUGAAUACCAGUCGCUAUGGAUUUGGGAUGCUUCAGCCAAACGGAGAACUGGAGAUCCGGUAUAGACUGAAAAAACCAAAUCCAACAUCAUAGGGCAGUGAGGGGUCUUCCUGCUCAAA